AUGGCUUUUGUUGGGAUAGCACAAGCGUUUCAAGCCGAACACGGGCUGACCUAUCUAGCCGGAAUGUGGAAGGAACAUCUACCACACUCACUGCUGUGGUCUAUACAUGACCCGGCCAAUGAUUCAGAAGCCACAUCACCGAUACCUCAGGAGCCAGUGCUGGAGUCCGCGCCGACGUGGUCAUUCUUCGCCGGUUCUCUCUACUCGAGCCACUUGGACCGAAUCAUCCCUUUUGGCCACAGUUUUCAUUGGGCAAGCUAUAUGAGACGCCGUCCCCUCUCAGUCGCCAAGCUCUUACAUUUCACAUGGCCCAACGCGCCUGUGGAUACUCUCCCUCCAACAGCUUAUUAUGACUUCUUGGGCCUGCGAAUCACGCUCGAAUUCAUAACGCUCGACCUUCUGUUACCGAGAGAUGAAGAGUUGGAAGAAGACAUGCUCCUCUGUAGCAUCGUAGAAGCGCGACUAAAGUCACAGCUAGAUUCACAAUUGGAGUCACUAUUUCAAUCUGGCGAGAAGCGUCUGUCCGAGCCUGUGUUCGUAAAUUUCCAUUUCGAUGAUCACAGAAACUUGCAUCGAGUCCCGACCAUAUUCCGCGUAGCUCUUGUCGAGGAGACAUUCAAUACAACGCCCGAAAUUUAUCGUUUCAAAGGACUGGUAUUGGGGCCCGCAGUAGAAGAGAACACAUGGAAGCGACUGGGUUACUGGGAAGCGACAGCGAGGCGUACUGGCUUAGGUCUUCCUUUGGUAUCCAUGAUGAUUGCAGAAGAAACUCUCUCAGAAGACAAGGGUUCCAUGUUUCUGCGCCUCCAAGGAUCAAAGGUUGAGACCCUUACUUUGGUUUGA